AUGCCCUCGCGAGGGCCUCCGUCUCCCGAAGCGCAACAACAGGGCAUCAAGCGUCAACGCCACUCCGACUCGGACCGAGGCUCGCCUCGAAACGGCCUGGCCAGCCCGACGGCCGAUGCGCCGCCAAAGCCCGGCCAGGGCAGCAACUUUCGCAACGUGAGCGCCUGCAACCGCUGUCGCCUGCGCAAGAACCGCUGCGACCAGCAGCUGCCCAGCUGCGCGAGCUGCGCAAAGGCCGGCGUCGCCUGCGUCGGCUACGACCCCAUCACCAAGAAGGAAAUCCCGAGGAGCUAUGUCUUUUACCUCGAGACCCGCGUGGAGCAGCUCGAGAGGCUUCUCCUCUCCAACAACAUCUCGUUCCCGCCCGCCAAGAAUCUAGAGCCGUGCUCCCGGCCCUCUCCCUCACGGCCGGGGGAUGGCGCUGACCGCGACGCAGCAAGGCCGCGCAACCGGGCAUCCGAGUCGCUCAAGGCCAAGAAGACGGCACAAAGCUCGGCCAUGCUUAGCAUCGCCAGUCCCUCCCGACCGAGGUCCCUGGCCUCGGCCUCGGGCGUGUCGUUUGCCAGAGUCGUCUAUGCCGCCGUCCAGUACUCCGUGUCUGAUCAGGCCGGCACAGGCGAGCGAUCCGGCCAUCGCAAUCCUGGCGGAAGCGGCACCUCGAUGCGUGACUCCUUUUUCGGCCUGCAUACCAAACCCACCAUCCAGCCGGCCCCUUUCCCCGACAAGGACGUCGGGCUAAGGCUCGUCACUCUCUACUUCGAACACGCCAACCCCCAGAUCCCUAUCCUCCAUCGAGGCCAAUUUAUGCACGUCUUUGAGCACGCCUACGACAACCCGGGCAAGGACCUGGCGGCUCGAGAGCUGUACCUGCUCAACAUGGUCUUUGCCAUAGGCUGCGGCGUCAUUGUGGGCGAGCCCGUCAAGACCGAGGCAUCGGAAAAGAUGCCCAUGCACCAGACCAGGAAGCAGCGCCGGCCCGAGGAGUACCACGCGAGCGCCAUUGUGCACCUCGAGUCGUGCCUGAGCUUCAGCGGCGGAGGGCUCGAGGUGCUGCAGGCCGUGCUGCUGCUCGCCAACUUUGCCCUGCUGCGCCCCGUGCCGCCCGGCCUUUGGUACAUUACCGGAGUGGCGGUACGGCUUGCGGUGGACCUCGGGCUUCACCACGAGGACGGGGGCGACGUUGAGGGGCCUGCCCAGGUCCGGUCGUCGGGGCCUGACGUGGCCAGGGGCGGUGCUCAGGAGCGCGGGCGGCGGCUAUGGACCCGCGACAUGCGCCGGCGGCUCUGGUGGUGCACGUACUCGUUCGACAGGCUCGUGAGCACCUGCGUCGGUAGGCCCUUUGGCGUCAGCGACCAGGUCAUCACGACGGAGCUGCCCUCGCUGCUCGAAGACGACUUCAUCACUCCAACCGGCUUCCUCGAGGAGCCCGAGGGCAACGGGCUGCGGCCCAGCUACAAGCACGUGGCGCACCACUACUUUCGCCUGCGCAUGCUGCAGUCGGAGAUGCUCCAGGUGCUGCAGUACAACCAAGCGCAGAUGGCGCGGGCCGCCGCCAGCAGCAGCAGCAGCAGCAGCGACGACAGGCAGGGCGCGCGGUAUCGUCCCGAGAUGCACGCGCGGCUCUCGUCGCCCUAUCUCGCGUGCUUUGACUCGUUCCGGACGUGGCGCAUCGACAUCGACCGGCGGCUCUACGAGUGGAAGGCGGCGGCGCCGACGCGGCUGGAGACGGGCGUGGCCUUUUCGACCGAGUUCCUCGAGCUCAACUACUGGCAGGCCAUCAUCAUGCUGUACCGGCAGAGCCUGAGCGUGCCCGUCAUGUUCGAGGGCGAGUACAACACGUCGGACGAGGUCAACAGCCCCGCCGCCUACACGGUCGAGCUGCGCGAGGACGAGGAUCGCAUCUACCUCAAGGUGGCCGAGGCCGGGCAGAAGAUUCUGCGCAUCUACCGCCAGCUGCACCUCAGCGGCCUCGUGAGCUACACCUACCUGUCCACGCACCACCUCCUCAUGGCGGGUAUCUCUUACCUGUACGCCAUCUGGCAUUCCCCCGUCGUGCGCAGUCGCUUGUCCAUGGACGAGGUCGACUUCACCGUCCUGGCCGCAAAGUCGGUCUUCACCGACAUGAUCGACAAGUGCCCGCCCGCGGAAACGUGCCGCGACGCCUUUGACAGGACGGCAAAGGCGACCAUCAAAAUGGCCAGCUCGAGCGGCGGCUUCGGCCCUCGGCCGGGCAGCCACCACGCGCACCGGCACAUGAGCUGGGCGCCCGGGCCUGGCGUCGCGUCGUCGACGGCGUUGCAACAGCAGCAGUUGACGCGCCACGGGCACAGCAAGUCGGCGGAUCAGGGGUCGGCGUUUCACCUUGACAUGCCCAUGCCGGACAAGCUGUCGUCGCCGAGCCAGUCAGCCGCCACAGGGGAAGGGCAGACGCCGCCUCUGCGCAGGGCCAAGACGUUUGACGCGGACACGCACAUGGCCCCGGCUUGCCCGCACGGCGCGCCGCGUCCCGCCGAGAACGCCAUGAGCCACGAGGGGGCGCGGCCGCCGUCCUCCUCGCCCAUCGAUCCGCUGCUGGCCCCGUCGCCGCCGUUGUCCAUGUCUCGGCGGGCGGACCUUGAGCAACCGGCGAGCACCUUUAUGGGCCAGCAGCAGCAACAGCAGCAGCAGCCGUUUGGCGUGGCGCAGGGCUCGGCGGGCGACUACCCGGACUCGCAGACGCUCGAGUUUCUGCAGACACUGGGCGGCGACGGCAUGCACGGGCUGGACCAGGCGCAGUUGGACCUGGGCUUCGGCAUCAACUGGGAAGGGACGUACAAUGACUACGGCGAGGGCCAGCAGAUGAAUCCCUUCGACACCUUCUUCUUUGGCGGUGGCCAGCAGAGCGGCGGCGGCAACGGCGGCAGCGUCGGCCGCGGGCGCGCAAGCUCGCAUGGGUCGAGCGGCGGCGGCAUCAGCAUGUGA